AUGUCGACGACAACUUCGGUGGAAGAGAAGCCCGCUCAUCUUCCAGAGGAACAAAUCGCCCUCGAACAACUCGCCCCCGGCGAAGAGAGGCAGUCGUUGUCCGCGGACGAAGUAGAGCCAGCCCCUGACGGCGGUCUAAGAGCAUGGCUUGUCGCUUGUGGAGCUGCCUCUAUCUUCUUCUGCUGUCUGGGAUUCUCCAACUCGUUUGGCACCUUUACAGAGUACUACUUGACUCACCAGCUUCGCACUCACACUCCCGACGAUGUGGCCUGGAUCGGUUCUCUCUCUGCAUUCUUGCAGUUCUUCACAGGCAUGAUUGGAGGGCCCAUGUUUGAUCGCUAUGGAGUAAAGAUUAUGCAACCCGCAGCCGUCAUAUACAUCUUCGCCGUCAUGAUGUUGAGUCUAUGCAAAACAUACUGGCAAAUCAUUCUCGUGCAAGGCGUCCUCAUGGGAAGCACCAUGGGAUUUCUCCAAUUCCCAGCCAUGGGCGCGCUCGCCCAUUACUUCGACAAAAAGAGAGCAGCCGCCUUCGGAAUAGCAAUCUCGGGCUCUUCCAUUGGCGGCAUCAUCAUGCCCAUUGCCGUGUCGAGGAUGCUCAACGCCACAUCUAUAGGAUUUGGCUGGACCGUCAGAAUCAUCGGCUUUCUCAUGGUGCCGUUCAUGACCUUUUCCAUCAUCGUCAUCAAGGCCCGCCUGCCGCCGCGACCAACCGCCUUUUUCAUCACCGGGGUAUUCAAAGAUGCAAAGUUUAUGCUUAUCAUCGCCUCCACCUUCUUCGCCUUCAUCGGAAUGUUCAUGCCCAUCAUCUUCCUUCCGACGUAUGCCGUACAGAUCAGAGGCAUGGGCGCAACUCUCGGUGGUUACUUGCCCGCCAUCCUCAAUGCAGCUUCGACUUUUGGCCGUGUAAUCCCCGGCAUUCUGGCUGACAAGUACGGAAAAAUGAACAUGUAUGCCGGGGGGACUCUCGUUACCGCCGUCGUUGCGUUUUGCAUGAACUCGACGCAUAACAACGCAGCCAUCAUCGCGUAUACAGCCAUUUUCGGCUUCACCUCUGGCACAAUCAUCUCCGGAGCAACAGUUACCAUCACAAGCUGUGCCGAUGACCCACGCCAUAUUGGUACUUAUACUGGCAUGGGGCUGGCCUUGGGAGCUGUGGGAGUCUUGAUAGGACCUCCUAUUGACGGCGCCUUUGUGGCCCAUUAUGGAGGCUUCGAGGAGGUCACCAUGUUUAGUGGCGCCAUGUGCCUCUUUGGCGGGAUUCUUGUACUUUUUGCCAAAUUUGCGACUCCUCAAGGAAUUUUCGGCAAAUCAUGA